AUGGCAUUAGAAGCCGGUGUUGAAACUCCCACUCUCAACCUUACCGACCUCGGCAACCCAAGCAACCCAUACCGUCUUGAAACCUCUGAUAAUCCUGGUACCUUUCUAGUCACUGAACAUCUCACAACCGAGAAUUACUCCACUUCGUCCAGAUCCAUUCAACGAGCACUGCGGGCAAAGAAUAAACUCGGAUUUCUUAAUGGAACUAUCGACAAACCCCUCUCUACCUCUGCACUCCUCCUCUCAUUGUGGGAACGAUGCAAUGAUAUGCUUGUGUCCUGGCUUCAAAACGCUAUCAGUCUACCUCUUCGUCCAUUGGUUGCAUUUGUUGAUGAUGUUCGCGCAUUGUGGCUUGAAUUACAUGACCGUUUUUCCCCUCAAAAUGGUCCCUGUAUCUAUGAAUUAAAGAAAACCCUUGCCAAUCUAUCACAAGAAACAAAUACGGUAUUUUCCUACAUUCAACAACAAGAACAGCAUCAUCUCAUCACCUCCGUUGCCCCUCCAAUUGAAACUAUUGCGUUGGCUGCUCGUCGACCAUCUCAAUUUUCUCCUAAGCGAGACAAGCCGUACUGCUCUCAUUGUAAAAUCACAGGCCAUACUUUGGCCCAAUGCUUCAAAUCUGGAAAUGCCACAGCCCCUGUCUGUACUCAUUGUGAGAUGACUGGACACAUUGCCGAGCGUUGCUACAAGCUUCACAACUAUCCCCCUGGACACAAUUAUCACAAGCCACGCCUCAAUGUCGUCUCCAUGGAAGCCCCUUCUUCGGCGACCAACAAUGACCCAAACUUGGUGUUGACUAAAGAGCAAUAUCAAGAAAUUAUAACCUUGCUGCACAAGACGAACUCAACUGCUUCUCCAUCUGCAAACCAACUCCAAAUUGUUCCUCCAACUCAACCCCAUAUUUCAUUGGCUAUUGGUAUCUCUUUGUGUUUGUCUUCUUUUUCCUCUACUUCUCAACCUUGGAUCAUUAACACGGGGCCUACAGAUCAUAUGAUCUGCAGCCCCUCCCUCUUCACCAAAAUAACAUCCACCACUUCUAAUUUUGUUAGACUCCCAAAUGGAGAAGUAGCUAUUGUCACUUACAUUAGUGUCGUGCAAGUGAUAGCAACUCUUCUCCUCCAUGAUGUUUUAUGUGUUCCCAAUUUCCAUUUUAAUUUGUUAUCUGCAACUAAACUUGCCAAACAACUGAAUUAUUGUUUCAUGUUUCUCUCUGAUGCUUGUUUUAUAUAG